ACCGAGUUUCUUAACAAAGUUUCUCCUCGUUCCAACCGGUUGAAUUUGGAGCUGCCGACAACAUGGGGCGGGGAUGCACGAUGGACGAGUGGAUUCACUUCCAGAAGCUUCCAGAGGAGGGUCGCGUGCCCAAUUCGUCCUACUGGUAUGUUUUGUGCCGUCAUUGCGUGGCCGGCUUCCAGCAAAAGAAACUUUUCAAUGCGCCCCCUAAGCUUACGGGUCGCCGAUCAGCGAUGCGAUCGCACCUCAAAGUCUGCCCCAUGUACGCCACGCAGUACCAGAUGGAGCAGCAGGCAAAGGCUGAGGUGGAAGCGGAGACGGGUGCAUCGAACUCGACAACGACCACAGUCGUUACGUCAGCACCGACGUCGACGGGUGAAAAGCGCAAGCGCAGAGCGGACAGAGAGAGCUGUGGUGGGUCCCGUGGAGGCCGUGGCAAGCACUGCAUGAUGGACGAGUGGGAGCAUUUCACGCGGCUGCAGGAUGAAGGCUACAUUGGCAAGUCAAAUUUCUUCUACGCCCUGUGCAAGUGCUGCCAGCGUGCGUAUGACGAGGCCCCUGAGGAUCAGAAGCCGUUGCUCGUGCCGGAGAAGCUCGUGGGCAGACGUGAAAAGAUGCGGAAGCACCUCGCGCUCUGUCCGCAUUUCAAAGGAGAUCUGCCGCCGCUGGAGCGCCGGCUGUUCCAGCGUAACAAGACGAGCGUCGUGGUCAGUGCUCUGGCCGCUGGUGCUGCUGCCCAUCUGGGAGCUGUGGUUGCCACCUCUACUUCUGUUUCUGCAACAGCAGACCUGAAAGCUUCUGGGGCUGCUGUAUCCCCUGUGGCUGCCAUGCUCCCCGUCACCUCGUCACGAUUGGCACUUGAUGAGUGGCAGCAUUUCACGCGCCUCGAACGCAAGAAGGAUAGCGCAUACUAUUACGCUCGCUGCAACUUUUGCCAGCAGGCGUACGAAAACGCCCCAGAGAACCUGAAGGCGUCAAUGGAGCCGGCUAUUGUCAUGGGCCGCAAGAGCAACAUGCAGACGCAUUUGUCCAAGUGUCGUCAUUUGCCUAAGGACCCAUCAGCGAUGGCGAAGAUUCAUAAUAUAAACCUUAGCGCAACUGCCUCACUGGAUGCAUCUGGACCAAAGCGUCCCGAAGUGGACGUAUCCAGCAUGUCUCUAGCUCAUUCGGCGGAUAAAUUUUCUGUGCACCGCUCGCUGGUGCACCUUGUGAUCGAACAUAACUUGCCUUUUGAAUGGGUGGAAAGUGUAAGUGCCAAGCAGCUAUUUGGCGCGUUGGUUCCUGCAUCUGACGUCAAAAACAAACUUAUACCGAGAUCGAAAGACUUGCGCACACGUGUCUUGGGUGAAGUUCACAGCGCUACGCUUCUCACUGAGCUCGCGAAGCUGCAAGAGCCCAUUCUACUCGAAGUAGGUGCGUCUGCUUUCUCUGCCGAUAUGGUUGACACACUGUCAAUCACACCGGCAGGAUCUUGGCCAGUAAUGAUGCACUGCAACCUGACUGCCAGCCACCACCCCGGAGAUCUGCAGAUGCCAGUAAUUGACGGCGUCGUAACCAACGGGAAUGCGAUCACGUCGCUUUCAUUUAUCCGAGCACAGCAACCGGAAUCGGGCGUGGAGGCAACUUUGGCUCGGUACCACGGCCUCGAGAUCGCUCGAUGGCUAGAUGGACAUAUCCGACUGUGUGUUGAAGGGACAAAGUUGGCUCUCGCAGCAGUUGUCCUUCCGUACAACACGAUGACUCAACGUGCUGUGGGGAUUCUGCGUGCACCCUCGCAUUGGCCUCGAGUUGCAUUCUUGUCUGACAUGGAGGAUAUGCUGCAGUUUCCUUUAUUGAAGCUUCUGGCGAGUGCGGAAAUGUUUACCGUCGUGUCGUCGCUUAUUGAGGUCUGGCAAUUGGAGUCCAUUCGAUCGUGCGUGAUUGAGCGGCUAUCGGCAGUAAACCAUGCUUCCCACAAAGGCCCCUUCUGCAACUGGGAGUCGUGUGCUACGCUCAUCCAAGUGCUUCUGGAUGAAAAAGCUUUCGCCUCUAGUAGUACGAAGAAAGGAGCUGCCAAUGCAAAACGGCUGGUGGAGAAUGCGCUGGAUCGCUCGCUACUGGAGCGUGUGUAUAAUCUGCUUCACGCAUUCACGAACGCAUUGUCUAGCUGUCGAUCUGGACAGACACUUUCAGAGACAUUGGAGCACUUGGGUGCAUUGUUCACUGCUGCUGAAGGAUUCGUCACCGUGCAGAUCGCGUUGGAGGUGCUGUGGGGGGAAAUGGAGCAGCCUCUUUUUGUCGUCGCGCAUGCACUGAACCCACGGCUGAGGCUACGUGACCUCAAGAGCACAGACAUCACCAGACUGAGCACGCUGAGUGAUCUCAGCGUCUCAUACUUUAGGUUUCUCUUUGGACGCAAACCGAAUUCUCUGCGAGGUGAGGUGACCGCAUACUUACACACGUCGCAGCAAGCAUUUACGAUUUCUGUGGUGGUGAAUCGUUCCUCCUCUUCCACUCAGCAAGAGACGACGAAGACCGGUGGCCGUAUGUACACUAAAGAUGAGCAGCAAAAACUUAAUUUCCUGCGCGAUCGAUGGGGAAUUGCGUCUGGCGCGUCGUCGCUGGAUUCCAAGGAAGAGCCAAAAGAUCGAAUUACCGCGCACAACGACCGCAGCGGAGCUGCCAUGCUGAACGCUGGUGUCGUGGACGAGUGGAAGGAGGCGCUGGAGUCGAAGCUGCAUGUUCGAGAAGAGUGA